AUGAAUUGUUGUACACUCCAAUAUUUGGAAAAGUUAUGUCCAGAAACCGCUUUCAAAUUAUAUUACGCAUGUUACAUUUUGCAGAUAAUGCCCAACAAAUUAAAGGCGACUCUUUCCAUAAGUUACGAGGAAUUUUCGAAAAGAUCAAAAAUACAUUUGCUCAGAGAUUUUCUCCAUUCCAGAACUUAGUAAUUGAUGAGAGUUUAAUGCUUUUUAAAGGACGCCUGCUUUUCAAGCAGUUUAUAAGGACAAAACGUCAUCGUUUUGGCAUUAAACUAUUUCUUUUGUGCGACUGUGAGACAGGAUACGUUUUAAAUUUUAUCGUAUAUACAGGCUCCAAAACGGAAAUAGAGCUAUACAAGGAUCUGGGGAUAUCAGGGUCAGUUGUAACAACACUUAUGAAGUCUUAUUUAGAUAAAGGCCACUCUCUAUUCACGGAUAACUGGUAUACCUCUCCAACGCUUUCUACCUAUUUAUUUGAACACAAAACAAAUACAUGUGGUACCGUUAGAACUAACAGAAAACAAAUGCCUGAUUUAUCGGGUAAAUUAGAAAAAGGCGAAACAAAAUCGAUGGUUAGCGAUAAUAUGUUAGCCGUUAGAUGGAAAGAUCGUAGAGACGUUAAUAUGUUGACAACUUUUCAUAAAGAUCAAAUGAUAAAUGUAAAUAAAACAAACAUGAAGACAGGGGAAUCUGUGAAGAAACCGGAAUGUGUCGUCCACUACAACCAAAAUAUGGGAGCAGUAGACAGAACGGAUAUGAUGCUAAGUUCCACAGAAUGCGUUAGAAAAACAUUAAAGUGGUACAAGAAACUAUUCUUUCACAUUCUUGAUCUAUGUGUCCUGAACAGUCAUGCAUUAUUCCUUAUGCAAAAUCCAGGGCAGUUGCCCUUGGCAGAUUUCCAAUUGAGGCUAACUCGACAGCUGCUUGAAAGUUAUAAUGUACCAAAAACCAUACCCAGGACGUUGAAUACAUCAAAACAUCAGCGUCUGACGGGGCGACAUUUUCCGGCUAUGGUACCAAAUAAAAAAGUUCGAAGAUGUAUUGUUUGUUCACAGUCUAAAAUUCGUGACCAAAAAAAGAGGCGAGAUUCAAGAUAUAUGUGCAAUGAAUGCGACGUGGGUCUAUGUGUUUUUCCUUGCUUCGAAGAAUAUGACACAAAAGAAAUGUAUUAA